CUUCCUACCACAAUUGAACAUGACAGACUCAACGACACCCUUGACGGCGCUAUGCAAUAUCUGCCACAGCGCAGCACCCAAGUACACAUGUCCCCGCGACAAAGUCCGCACCUGCAGCCUCGCCUGCUCCCAAUCUCAUAAACGUCGCGCAGCAUGCAACGGCCUCCGCGACCCCAGCGCCUACGUCUCCAAAUCCACUCUGGCAACCGCCGGCGGUAUCGAUCGCGAUUACAACUUUCUCAGCGGACUUGAGAGAAACAUCGAUCGUGCGGAUAAAGAAACGACUGAACGUGGUGUUUCGUUGUCUGGGCAAGGCAAGCCUGUUUUUCAAAAGAGAUGGCAUGAUAAUGGCGCUUUGGGAAAGUAUCUGAGGGAGAAUGGGAUUGUGGUGCAUAAAGCGCCAAUAGGAAUGGCGAGGCAAAAGGCAAAUCAGACGAGGUUUAUUCAGAAGAGUAAGAGGAUUGUUUGGAGUGUGGAAUGGGUCGUCGAGGGCGAGAAGAGGAUUGCCGAGGUUGACGAGUCGAGGACGCUGGAAGAGGCAUACAAAGAGUUGAUGCUCGAAAAAGAGAGGGAGAACAAGAAGAGGAAGAGGGCACAGGAUGAUGCAGAUGCGAAAGCACAGAAGCAGAGGAAGCAACCAGGCCCACUCCAGGCCGUGGAAAAGCAAGAGCAGUCCGAGACAAGUGCACCUACAGGAGCUGAAGCCGUGUCAAAAGUGGAGGGACUCUCAACAGAGGAACCGCCAGCCGCUCCAUCAACAGACGAAGCCAAACCAGAGGAAUCGUCCAAGUCGCUACAACCACCGCCAUCGAGUGACGAUACCUCAACAUCGGAGACCAUCCACUUCUUCCUCCACAAACCCCACACAUCAUCAACAAACACAGUUCUCAUACCUAUUCCCCCAGUCACAACCCUGACAAACGCCCUCCGUCACAAAGACGUCCUCGAAUUUCCCACAAUCUACGCAUUCAGCACCUACGCACAACCGGCGACGCAAAUUUCCUCCAUCGAAGCAGCACCAGUCGAGAAUACUCUAAAAGAGGCCGAGCACACGACGGAUAUCCUGCCAAAAGGCUUCAUCACACUUGACCAAUACAAGCAAGAACGGUCAGCGGAGGACAAAGAGUUGAUGGGGAUGAUGGAGUCAAUACCGGAGGGCCAGAGAAAGGUUGCCUUGGAUGGAGGCAUCUUCGGAGGUGCUGAAGAGAAGAAGGAAGAAGAGGUGGAUGAGAAGCAGAUACUCGAGGUUUUGCAACGAGAUGCUGAUGCAUUAAAGCAAUAAUAGGUCCAAAGAAUCAAGCAUGAAGCAGUCUUCCGUUCCA